CGAAGUUGCAAAACUCACGUGCCUUUCCUCUUCCUAGAAGGCGGUGCCUGCUGGUUGUUACCUGCUGGUGGAGAAGCUUGUUGUUGUUAUUGUUGUUGUUUGUGUUAAAGUUUAAAAAAAUAAGUCUUCUAAAAUGGGAGCCCGAGACGAUGAAUACGACUACCUGUUCAAAGUUGUACUAAUUGGAGACUCUGGAGUGGGGAAGAGUAAUCUGCUGUCCCGUUUCACAAGAAAUGAGUUCAACUUGGAGAGCAAGAGCACCAUCGGGGUGGAGUUUGCAACCCGCAGCAUUCAGGUGGACGGCAAGACGAUAAAAGCUCAAAUCUGGGACACAGCUGGGCAGGAGCGCUACAGAGCCAUCACCUCAGCGUAUUAUCGGGGUGCAGUCGGGGCUCUCCUAGUUUAUGAUAUUGCGAAGCACCUGACGUACGAGAAUGUGGACCGCUGGUUGAAGGAGCUGAGGGACCACGCUGACAACAACAUCGUCAUCAUGCUGGUUGGAAACAAGAGCGACCUUCGACAUCUCAGGGCCGUGCCCACUGAUGAGGCCCGAGCAUUUGCAGAAAAGAACACUAUUUCAUUUAUUGAAACUUCAGCCUUGGACUCCACUAACGUAGAAGAAGCAUUCAAGAGCAUUCUCACAGAAAUCUACCGUAUCGUAUCUCAGAAGCAAAUAUCAGACAGAUCUGCACACGAAGAUUCUCCAGGCAACAAUGUAGUGGACAUAAGUGUCCCCCCAACCAUGGAUGGGCAGAGGGGCAACAAACUCCCCUGCUGCCAAAGCCUGUGACCCUCCUUUUUUCUUUUUCUGGUUGACUUUGUGUCAGAGUUUUCUCUUUUCCCUUCUACUGUCAGAUGCUGUUAUCUUACCCUCAUGGGUUCAGAAGUGUUUGACACAGAGACUCUUAGAUUUGACAUUCCUUUAUGCUGUUUUCUUCUUUGUUCGUCUGAGUCCCGUGUCAAAACAACUUGUCUAAAAUACGAAAACUGAGAAGAAAGACGAUUGUUAAGCUGUUAACUACAAUCUCUUUUUAAUUCACUAGGUGAUGAUCCUAUUGACCCACUCCUGCUGAAGGAGUGGCGAGGGAUCGGUAGGCCUGUUUAUGAGUGCUCAGAGGUGUUUUUACUCGGUUCCUUUUCUCAGCCUAAUCUGCUAUAGUGGAGUCUCAUUUUCAUGUCGGGUUGACCUGAUUCUGCCUGUCUUGCAAUGUGGGUGCAGAAGAGGAGAUGAGAGGAAGGUUCGUUUGGAGUGCUGAUGUGUGGUCUGUCAAGAGUUUCUGGUUGCCUCUUUAAUUUUAAUUUUCCUCUUUUGUGCUGUGUGCCCACUCUGGCAUGAAAUUAGCAUGAGCUUGGGACCAGACUGGCUAUGAAUGACUGACUCAUUAUAGGCAAGCAUGAAACACAUGACACAUUUUUGUUUUUGUGUGUGUGUGUGAGUGAAUGAAUUUUAGUUUAGUACACAAACAUACCAAAGGAAACAAUCAGAAUCAGUUUUGGGGAAGCUCAUUUCACCGUGUUCAAGGAUGUUACGAUUGCAGGUGAUUGCUAAAAGGUCCAGGCUAUUUGCAACAAAUGUGUAACGGUCCACAGGAGAUGCAUUGUUAUAAGUUGUGGUGCAUGAUGUCAAACUUUAAUUUCAGAAUUAGAUUGGGGUUUUUUGCACUAGAGUCCAGUUAUUUCGGUGGAACCUUAUAUUUCAAAAUGGCAUAAAAUUUUCAUCAGGUAGCAUUUUGCUACCUGUAAGGAAAACAAUGCUGACAGAAAAGGAAGAAUGAAGUUGAAAUUGUAACAUUUCUGUACCGAAUGAGCCAUUGCUGUCAUUAAUCCUAACUGUUGAACAGGAAUUGAUAAAAGUUUGUAAACUCAGAACAUUAUCCGUGGAAAACCAAUAAAUAAAUACUCCCCACAUACUGCUUUCA